GCCAAACAAGUCAAAAGAAGGAUCCACCUGCACAUACUCUUAACUUUCAAAGGGUGAAAAAUGAAUAACAAGUCCUUAACAAGGACAAAAUCGUAAAAAACACCCAAUUCCCCCUUCCGCUGCACAAGAAAAAAAAACACCUUAAACCUCUCUUCCAUCUCCAUUCUGGUGGCGCUGUUUCUUCUACACUCUUUCUCUCUUCAUUCUUCUUCUCAACUUCCACACAAUUUAUUCUAAUUAUUUAGCUUUACAAUGGCUUCGAGAGCGAUUUUAAGAAGAAGAAGCAAUUUCAUUCAUCAAUACUCUAACGCUUCGGGAGCUUCGAUUUCAUCUUUUCACUCUCCGCAACGUUCUUUCACUACAAAACCUAACACUCCUCAAUCAAACGGUACCAAUGAAAUUUCACGCUACAAAGAGGAGUUAUUCAAUUUUUCUCCUGUUUUGGGGCAAUUCGUCCGUGGAUUCGCGAGCGCGGGUUUCCGUGGCGAUUUUACGAGAUUGAGAUUGAAUGAGUCCUUAGGUGUGAGGUGGUUGUCGCAGUCGUCGGCGGCUGCUGCGAAGAAAGACGAGGCGGUGAGUGAUGAUGUGGUUGGGAAGAAGCGGAAAGAAGCUUCUCCGGAGGAAUGUGAUCAGGCGGUUGAAGGUUUAACCACUGCGAAAGCUAAAGCCGCAAUGGCGAAGCGUUCGCAGGAGUCUCAGAAAGUUGUGCAGAGUGUUUUGCAGCGUGUUCGGGCUGUGUUUUUGGGGAUUGGUCCGGCUUUGAGAGCGGUUGCUUCCAUGAGUAGAGAGGACUGGGCCAAAAAACUUGUUCAUUGGAAAGGGGAGUUCAUAUCGACGUUGCAGCAUUACUGGUUGGGUUGCAAACUGCUGUGGGCUGAUGUGAGAAUCAGUUCCAGGUUGUUGUUGAAGCUUGCUAAUGGAAAGAAUCUCUCUAGAAGGGAGAGACAGCAACUGACACGGACUACUGCAGAUAUCUUCAGGCUAGUUCCUGUCGCUGUUUUCAUUAUUGUCCCCUUUAUGGAAUUCCUCUUGCCAGUGUUUCUUAAGGUGUUCCCCAACAUGUUACCAUCAACAUUUCAGGACAAGAUGAAAGAACAGGAAGCAUUGAAACGGAGACUCAAGGCAAGAAUAGAGUAUGCAAGAUUCCUCCAAGAUACAGUCAAAGAAAUGGCAAAAGAAGUUCAAAACUCCCGUAGUGGAGAACUAAAGAAAACAGCUGAAGAUCUUGAUGGUUUUUUAAACAUGAUUAGAAGGGGUUCAAGUGUCUCUAAUGAGGAAAUUCUGGGCUUUGCUAAGUUGUUUAAUGACGAGCUUACUCUAGAUAAUAUAAACAGGCCCCGAUUAGUAAAUAUGUGCAAGUACAUGGGCAUCAACCCUUUUGGCACUGAUGCAUACUUACGAUAUAUGCUAAGGAAACGUUUACAGAGCAUUAAGGAGGAUGAUAAGUUGAUUCAAGAAGAAGGUGUAGAUUCUCUUUCAGAAGCUGAACUCCGGGAAGAUUGUAGAGAGCGAGGCAUGCUUGGUUUGCUUUCUGUUGAAGAAAUGCGCCAACAGCUUCGAGAUUGGUUGGACUUAUCUUUGAAUCACUCUGUACCAUCAUCUCUUUUGAUACUUUCAAGGGCAUUUACUGUUGCUGGGAAAUUGAAACCAGAAGAAGCUGUACAGGCUACAAUUUCUUCUCUCCCUGAUGAGGUUGUAGAUACUAUACAAGUCACAUCUUUACCUUCUGAGGAUUCUGUCUCAGAAAGGCGGAGGAAACUGGAGUUCCUUGAAAUGCAGGAAGAACGUAUUAAGAAGGAGGAAGAAAAAGAAGGGGUGGAUCAAGCAAGAGUUGAGGCGGAUUCUAGUCAAGAAGACAAGGCUUUGAACGAGAUGAAUAUUUCAACAGCAAAAGAAGCACAUCAACUCGCUAGAAACAGAGCAGUGGAAAAUAAAGAGCAGCUAUGUGAAAUUAGUCGUGCAUUAGCUGUUUUAUCUUCUGCAUCGUCUGUAAGUACAGAGCGUGAAGAUUUUCUAAGGCUAGUUAAUAAAGAGAUAGAACUCUAUAACAGCAUGGUAGAAAAGGAGGGUUCAAAUGGUGAAAAAGAUGCCUUUAAGGCAUAUAAAGCUGCACAUGAGCAUGCUGCAGAGUCGGAUGAUGACGGGGAUAAAGUGUCAUCCUCACUCAUAGAAAGAGUUGAUGCAAUGCUCCAAAAUCUUGAAAAGGAAAUAGAUGAUGUGGAUGCCAAAAUCGGUGACCGAUGGAGGCUGCUGGAUAGAGAUUAUGAUGGAAAAGUUACUCCUGAGGAGGUAGCAUUGGCUGCAAUGUACUUGAAGGAUACAUUGGGUAAAGAAGGCAUCCAAGAACUUGUCAGCAAUCUUUCCAAAGAUAAAGAUGGGAAAAUACUAGUCGAGGACAUUGUUAAAUUGGGCGGUUGGAGAGAAGAUGGUCAUACAGCUGAAGACGAGAGACCAUGAUUCCUCACUUGACUUCCAGAUACAUCUUAUUUAUUAUUUCAUGCUACGGAAAAAGUGUGGCGCAAAUAUAUUUUAGGCCAUUCGAAAUCCCUUCCUCAUUGAUUUUGUAUUCAUGUAUUAUUACUAAUAAGUAGUUCAAGUGUAGCAGUCUGAUGAAAAUGAAGUGUACACAAGCUCUGUAAAUUUUUGACAGCUGAUGACACAAGUAUUAGCAUACUCACAUUUACACAUGAUAGUUAAUCAGACAAUGUAUUAUUUUAGUAGUUUUUGCAGAGCUUUUAGAAAGAAACAACAUAAAUUAUUCAAUGAAAUUAAAGUGUUUAAUAA